AUGGUGGCAACCGAACUCCAGAGAUCUAUCCACAAGGUUUCAAUGUAUGUGUCUCGAAUACGCAAAGCUGCAGCUACUGUGACAGCGCCAACUAACAGACCCAAGGAAACAUGGCAAGGCGUUCCGGGUGUCAAGAUAAACGACGUUCAGUUCACCACAGACAUCCUCAACCAUGUCCAGAGCCAAUAUUGCAUUGACCCUUCCCGCAUCUAUGCAACUGGAAAGUCGGACGGCGGUGGCUUUUGCAAUGUCUUGGCCUGCGACCCCGUAAUGUCUCACCGCAUUGCGGCCUUUGCUCCGGUCUCUGGCGCUUACUACAUCGAUACGCUGCCUUGCGAACCCAAUACUGUGCCCAUCCCGUGCCAAUCUGGCAGAAACGACAUUCCACUGCUUGCAUUCCAUGGCGGCAACGACACGACGAUCAGCUACGACGGCGGCGAGCGCAAGAAAGAAUGUCUCCCAUCGAUUCCACAUUUCAUUCAACAAUGGGCUACCCGAGACGGACUUGGUCUACACAAUGUCACAACGAAGAUGGCCUCGAACACUGUAUCCUACAAGUUUGGGAAAGGGGUCAAUUUUGGCAUGGUGGAACAUGUAUAUGAUGCAGUUAUCGGACAUGACUGGCCGAGUACUGAACCAAAUGCGGAUAACCUCGCCGAGGGACACCAUGUUGCGAGCUUCAACGCCACCCCGAUGAUUAUGGAUUUUUUCAAGCAGCACCCUUUAAACUUUUGGGAUCUGAUUUCUGAGAUCUAG